AUGAGGUCGCUCUACACCCUUCUACUAGUAGCGCUACUGCUUGUCUCGCGUCUUUAUGUACAGCCCUUUUACUCUCUCAUCUCAGACUGCGAUGAGACAUUCAACUAUUGGGAACCUUUGAACUUCCUGCUUCGUGGAUUCGGAAAACAAACAUGGGAGUACUCCCCAGACUACUCGAUUCGCUCGUGGGCUUUUUUGAUGCCACUUUACGCGGGUCUGGCCCCGCUAGGCAAGAUCGUGACAUCGCUAGGACUGCCGCCUUCCACACUGUUCUACCUUGCUCGUGCAGGUUUGGGCCUCUACAGUUUCUCCAUGGAGUGGCUUCUGUUUCGUGAGCUGGAGUCCUCGCUGUCGGUCAAAACCGCCAAUUUGUGGCUAUUUGUCCAGCUUUUCAACCCCGGCUGGUUCCAUGCCUCUGUGGAACUGCUACCGUCCUCAUUCGCCAUGGUCACAAUAAUAGGUUUUCUCAAGUACUUUCUUCGGUAUCUUUCGAGUGGAUCUCAGUCUGCGUUCGUGCAAGCUCUGGUCUUCAACUUUGUAAGCGGGAUUCUGGGCUGGCCAUUUGUUCUGAUCUUGAGCACGCCAUUGGUAGUGCAUUUUGUUGUUACGCACAAAAUUUGGGCCACCAUUAACGCCGGCUUCGCGUCCCUUUCCAAACUCGUUAUUGUUGCCGUGUGCGUUUUUGGUAUCGACUCUGCUUUCUAUGGCAAGUUCACACCAGUGGCCUGGAACAUUGUGAUGUAUAACGUCAUUGCUGCGGACGAAAAGAGCGGCCCAAAUAUCUUCGGGGUUGAGCCUUGGUAUUACUACCCAUUAAAUCUAUUGUUGAAUUUCCCACUACCUACUUUGAUGGCGUGCACAGUGGGCAUGGUCACAAACAUGAGGCUGGCAUCCGUAUGGGCAUCUCUUUUGAUAUGGAUGGCUGUGUUUCUGCUCCAACCACACAAGGAAGAGAGAUUCCUCUAUCCAAUUUACGCAGUCAUAACACUGGCAGCUAGCGUCGGGCUUACAAAUGUAUGGAAACGCUUACCAACUUGGAAGCAUAUCCGCAACCUGAUUACCUUCGCCUUAUAUGUUUUCAUCGCUGUGCAAGGCUCUAUGCGAAUUUUGGCUCUGGUUACAAAUUAUACGGCGCCUUUAGAUGUUUACGCUAAUCUUCCCGAGGUAUCGGGUCCUCAAACUAUAUGCGUUGGGCGCGAAUGGUAUCAUUUUCCCACAUCCAUGUUCUUGGCUAAGGAUUCCAGACUUGGUUUCAUUGAGUCUGGAUUCGAUGGUCUAUUGCCCGGGGACUUUAAGGAAACGCACAGCAUCCUCAACAGCAUUAGAGAAAUACCGUUUGGGAUGAACAACCAGAAUCAGUUUGAUUCUUCCAAACUAGUUUCAGCAGAUCAGUGUGACUAUUACAUCGAUUUCAUGUUGCGAAGCGAAGAUCCAAGAGACGCUUUAGAUCCAACUCGAUUGAGCGAGGAUUGGAAAUGCAUCUACAAAAUUCCGUUCAUUGACGUUUCACAGUCCAAGUUUUUGGGUCGUGCAUUUGCGGUGCCGGAAAAGAUCUUAGCAGUACUACCCUUGCAGAAUUACUGGUCGCGUUUUUACCAGGCUAACUACCUCGACUAUUGCAUAUUCGAAAAACAAACCGAAGAGGCAUGA